AAUGGACGAAAAGGAAAAUGGUUUUUGCGUUGAAAAAUUGGAAAGAUUAUGCCUCAAUUAUAUAGUCCGAUUUCCAUCAAUUCUUCAAAAGCAAAAAAUGGCCGACAACGACUUUUUUCUAACAACAUAUACAGCUACUCCAAUCCUAACACUCUUAGGAGAAAUAGGAAGAUUAACUGAUGAGAAUGUGAGAUUUUUUAAUAGAGAAAAUACUUGUUUGAAUGCCAUUAAAUUGGCCUGUACGGAAAUUCAAGAAGUAGAAUCUUAUAAAUUUUUAAAAGGUCAUUGUCUCGAAGCAAUUCAAUUUUUAGGUUUAAAGAACUAUUCACAAAUAAUAUUUGAUAAUUAUAUCGAUAUAACAAAAUUGAAAUAUUUCUCUUUACAAUGGUGUCAUAUUUACUUUGAAGAUUGCAGCUACUUUUCUAAAUAUGAUUUUUCAAAUUUAAAAGUAUUGGACGUAAGCUUUACAGAUUUUACUAAUUCCCAUUUUAUAAAUUUAAUACAAAGUGCUAUUAAUUUGGAAAAUAUCAACUUAACGUCUACUUUCGUUACAAAUAUUGAAAAAUUAGAAUAUCUAAAAUGUUUAAAAGUAUACAUCCAUCGAAGAUUUCAACAAGAGACUAAUUUUCAUCCAUUAUUGGCUGUCAAGUCUUUGAUAAAAUUAGAUAUAGGUUUUGAUUCUGAAGAUUAUAAUGAUAAAGAUAUUGAAAUAAAUACCUUACUCUUCGGUUCUUCAUGGCCUAAUCUACAAUAUUUAGAUAUCUCAGGAAGGUGGAUAUUUCUGCGAAAACAUCCAAGAUUACACUUCUUGGAUUUGAUGAGAGUAAUUUGCACAAAGAUGACUUUCGCUGUUGGAAUAAAAGUUGUCACUGAUUGGAAUUUAAAUCAAAUAAUUGAUGCGUUAAAUUAUUAUAGAAAUGAUUAUAUGAAAAGUAUGACAUUAAUGGAGACAUUUUCCGAGCAUUAUCAUCAUGUAGAAUAUGAUUAUAUUCAACAGAGAUUAGAUGAAUAUUCUAAUUAUAUCAAGAGUUUAACUUUACUACUUGAUUGGUGGAAUAAGAAUAUUGUUCUAUUACAAUUACACGAAGACGAACCUGGAUAUUUACAUAUCCUACUCUUCGAUCAAAUUAAAAUAUUUAAUUUUUGCCCUGAAAAAUUACCUUUAAAUCUACUUUCAUUCGCCCUUAAUUCAACAUUUGAUUAUUUAGACAAUGAGCAAAAAAGUUGGCGAAUGGCACCAUACUUUGUUAGUUUUCUUACAACUAAUAACUGUUUUAUCGUCCAUCAUGUCUGUUUUGAUAAAUUUAAAGCUUUUACGUCUAUUCUAAGUUUUAUAUCAAAAGCUGAUGAUAUAAGAGAAAAAUACUCUGCUGAAGGAUACGAUACGGACGAUUUUAUGAAACAAACUAUUAAACUUUGUAUAUAUUUCAUUGAGAUUAUCAUCACUGGUAAACCUAAUCAGAUUUAUAUGAAUAAAAUCUCUAUAUCUACGUUAAGGAUGUUAAAAACACUGGAGGCUAAAAUAGAUGCCAAAUUAUUUGAUAAUCUCUUUUCACACUUAUUACCAGUUCUUUGUUCAUUAGUUAGUAAAUACAAUGAAAUUUGUGGAUUUUUAUUUGUUGGCAAUGGUGUUGAUAUUUUAUCUAGUUACCUUAUGUAUUUCUUGGCAAAAAAUUCAAGAGUAAGAGAAGAGUUUAUAAGAAAACGGAUAACUUCGUUGCUAUCAAUACGUACAAACAGACAUUACGGUGAAGACGUUCAAAUGAGUGCCAUUUGCGGACUAUCAGCCAUUUAUACGAAUGAGUGUCGUCUUACAAUAGAUUUCUUCGUCUGCGACUUUCCGGCUGGAUGGAAAAGAUGUAAAGGAGAAUGCAAAGAAUGUCUUAAUGAUUUGCAGCGAUUUGAUAUUGGUGUACUGACUGUAAGCCAUCUAUUAUUAAAGAAGUUCGGUAAAUACGGUGCGUUUAUUUCUGCAUUAAAACUGAUAAUAUGGGUUGAUUCGUCAAAUAAUCAAGAGAACAUUACAAAAGAAGAUGAAAUAAUUAUAAUAAAUAUGAUAAAGAAUUUAACGAAUUUGGAAACAGAGGUAACAGUUAUUAAAUCAUUAGUAAAAUGGAUGUCUGAACCCCUGCACAUCGCUGUACCAAUAAUGAUUAUAAUAUCUAAUAACAUUAUUCAAGGAUUAAAAGAUUGUAAAACAUUCCAUAAAAGUAAAUGCGAUACUAACUGCACUUGUAAUUGCUGUUAUUGGGUUCACAACCAAACACAUUAUGGUUCUCUAUUGAUUCAAAAAAUGAAAAGUUGGUAUAUUACACCGCCCACUUUAUUGGCCAAUGAAUUUAUAUCCAGGGAUUGGAUAUCAUAUUUACUAUGCGAAGAUGUUCUCGGUAUUCAAAUAUUCGGUGUGAGAAUGUUAUAUCUUCAAAGUCGUAUUCACAAAAAUGAAUUUAAAAAGAUCAUUUACGAAAAGAAUUUAAUUAAUCUACUUAGAGUUUUCGAACCUAAAGAAUUUGCCUACGUUAGAUUUAUUGUUGAAGAAUUAAAACGUUAUACGGAUUGUUGA